GAAUAAAUUAUGAUAGUAUUUGAAUUUUGAAAAGACGUGUUGGGCUCUCAUUAUCCUUGUACUCCGCAUCCACUACGUAGACUGUGGAGUAAUACUCCAUGAUCCAUUACUGUGGAUGUCCUAUACAUAUUCAGUAAUUCAGUAAAAUACCGUGUGUGGGACGUGGGUGUGUGUUUGUAGUGUGUGACGUAUACCAACGGCGCAAACCACUUUAUCCGCGCCUGAUCGUUAACCUUAUCAGGUGGUGUAAACCGCGGCUAUAAAAGACGGACGAUAAAAAUCAUUACGAUUACACAAACACAACGAAUAACGUUAGUAGUUGUUGUAGGUACCUAAUAUUAUUCAUUAUCAUUACACAACACUCCUCGAUACACGACUACUUCAAUACCAAAUCAGUUGGUGUUUUAGUUUUAGUUUUGAUUUUUUUUAAACGACGUAGGUUAAGCGAUUAUAGUGUUUUUAUUGGUUUAGUAAAAGUCAAACAUUUGGUUCCAUGGAUCUUGACCUAUUAUGAUAUACCAUUGAAAAGUACCUAAACGAUGGAUGUCAGCAUGCACAGUACUAUUGGAAACAGAAUGAGGAUGUGGCCAAAUCGUCAAAGAAUCGGUUUACGCAUACGAUCAGCUUCAGCGGGAAGAGACAAGCGUUCAGAAUUGCGAAAUCGGUCAUGGGCAUUUUUAUUUGACAACUUACGUCGUAACAUUGAUGAAAUAUACCAAAUAUGUGAGUCCGAUGAAAAUGUUUAUGAAUGUAAAGAAGCAAUUAUGGUCUUACAAAAUUAUAUACAUGAUUUUCAUAGCUUGGUUGAAUGGUUUCGAUUAAAGUGGGAAUACGAGCAUACUGAUCCUCCUCAAAGACCAAAUUUUCUUGCUUGGGAAAUUCGAGGUGCUUCACCUAGAAAGAUGAUCCAAAAGCCUCCUACUGUUUCAACUGGGUUAACUCGAAGGAAAUUGGAACUACUAUCUGAAUCAAUAUCUAGUGAUAAAAGUUCUAUCAAUUCUACUCAAUUAAAAAAUGAAGAGAUUAUUACAGAAAAUAUUUCAAUAGAAAAGUUAUAUUCUAAUCAAUGUUGUCAAACUGACUUUGAUUCCAUUGACAAAGAUGCAGACUUAAAAACUUCUAAAGAAGGAUUCAAACCUAUAACAGAACCAGUUUCUAAGUCUUUGGUUUCAGAUUGCAGUCAGAGGAAACAAAUCCCAGUUUUUGUUCCUAAACCAUUGAAAGUAUUGAAAUCUAAAGUAGGUGAAAAAGAUAAAACCAAAAUAGAUCUGUUAAAAAAAUCAUCUACAUCAACUCCUCGCUUAACAAAACCUACCAAUACUGCUAUAGCUUCAAAGACUAUUGAAAAUUCUAAAUAUAAUUCAAAGACUGUAAUUUCUAAAGAAAACAAGCAAAAAUGUAAUGAAAAUAUGAUGGUGGUCAAUACUAAAGAAGAUAAAACGAAUUUGCAAACAUUAAACAUUACUAAAAAUAAUUUUUUGGAUUAUGCAAACAAUGGAGACAUUACAAUUGGUCAAAAAUUUAAUUUGGUUAAAUCUAAAAAGAAAUCAAUUGAACCUAUAAAUUCUGUCAAUAUAAUUGAAAAACCAGAAAAGUUAAUUCGUUCUAAAACUUCAAUUGAUAUUAAAGUUCCAAAAGCAUCUAAACGUGGUAUUGUGAAAGGAAAUGAUGGUUGGGAAACUGUUAUUAGAUCACGCCGUAGUAAUCCAUUAACACAAAGUUCAAGUAGUAUAAAACUCAAAUCACCAUUUGAUGUGAAGAAACGUUUUCAAGUACCAUCAUCUGCUAGUUCUAUGCCUACUUUAGCUUUAGAUAUAGCUUCUAGUCCAGAUAAACCAGAAACCAAGAGUAUUUUGCCUGAUAAAAAUGAUCGGCCUAUUAUAUCUAAUGCAGUAGUAUUCCCUAAAAAAAAACGUAAGCCAGAUAAGCCGCCUGUUCCUAAAAAUAAAAUAAUUGAUCAGAUGAGAAAAGAAAUGUUAAAAGACGAAAUUGAAGAACGUAGAAUGUGCGAUGAAGAAUUAAUGCGCAAUAGACAAUUUUUUGAUGAAGAGAUGAUGUUGGCUAGAGAAAUACGGGAAUUAGAAAAUGCUGAGAGUAGUUGUAGUGAUGAUAUGACACAAUCGGAUCGUUAUUCAGACCUUUUAGACAACAUGAUACUAACAGAACGAAUGUACACAAUAAAUGAAAUAAAAGCAUUAAUAGAAUAUGGUAAUGAAAGUGCUAUUGAUUCUAUUGCAAUGCCUUCAUGGGAUAUAAGUAGAUCUACAGAAUCUAUUAAACAAACUUAUAGUGCAAGACAAGCCAAAGCACAUCAAAAACGUCAACAAUUAUUACAAGACAAAUCAACUAAAGUCCGUGAACUGCUUAAAAAGGUAAUAUUAAAUUUUCAUUCUUUAAUUUAUUAGAUAAAUUU